UUCUUCCCUUUAUUCAAAACCCUAAACCCAAGUAAGCUUCACUCAAAUGAGUCCCUGAAUUCUAAGUAAGAAAAUUGCAUUUCCGUCUCCUUCUUAACGGCAACAAUGAAUUCGUCUAGGCUGCGUAUGUCUUCUUAUACGGUGUCGAAGCUUCUCUGCAAUCUUUCCUUCUUCCGCUCCAUGGGUGGUGGACCACGAACAUUCCCCGGCGGUCUCAACAAAUGGCAAUGGAAGAGAUUGCACGAGAAGAAAGCCAAAGAGAAGGAACGAAAGCUCCUCGAUCAGGAAAAGCAGCUUUAUCGGGCCAGGAUUAGAUCCCAAAUCCGUGCCAAACUCGCCGGUAAGUCCGAUGAACCUUCCUUGGAAUCGGAAUCGUCGUCUAAUUACAGCGCGAUGAGUGCUAAAGAUCACGUCAAGGCCCUUGCCGAUCGGUUCAUGAAGGAAGGAGCUGAAGACCUGUGGAACGAAGACGACGGUCCAAUAAAGUCACCUCCCCCUCGACCUCCUGUGAAGAGUCAGGCGGUCGAAUCGCCAAUUGAUGUGAGAAAGUUGAUAUCGGGCAGGGGUGGCUUGACGGCUAAUCGUCGUGAAACUUCAAAUUCGGCAUUUGAUUCAGUUAAACCUAGAUAUUAUUCGGUUGAAGCGGGGAGGAUUCCGAGACCAAAGUAUAGAUUUCGAAAAAACGAGAGUUCGUCUAGUGAAGAUGACGAGGAAUUUGGUUCGCAGAAUGGUUUCGUAAAGACUGCUGCUAGUGAGAUUAAAGGAGCCCAGAUGAAACGUGUUAAGAAAUUGAGAUGGUUUGAUUUCAGUGAAGGGGAAUCAGAAGAAAGUGCGGAUUUGAAAGGUAGAACGAGUGUAAAGGAGAUGAUGAGCAGAGCUACUUUGAGAAAUUAUGAUAUGAAGAAAAUAAGACGAGCUCCUAAGCUCACUGAAGUUGAGAGUGAUUUUUCAGAGCAAAUUCAGUCCAUUCGAGCUGAGCUGAGAAGAAAAAAUUUGGACGAUGGUGGGAGACAAAAUAGGGAGGAGGAAUCACUUCUUAGUCAGAAAAGAUUUGAAGAGUGCAGCAUUUCCCCAUUGACACUAAAAGCACUUAUGUUGGCUGGAUACGUGCAGAUGACCAUUGUACAGGAGGCCACUCUUCCUUCUUGCCUUGAUGGAAAGGAUGCUUUGGUCAAGGCUAAAACUGGAACAGGAAAAAGUGCAGCAUUUUUGAUUCCUGCAAUUGAAGCAGUUCUGAAGGCCAUGAGUAGCACUGCAAACUUACGGGUGCCACCAAUUCUUGUCCUUAUUCUUUGUCCUACGAGGGAGCUUGCUAGUCAACUUGCUGCAGAGGCUAAUGUUAUGCUAAAGUACCAUGAUGGCAUAGGUGUCCAAACACUGAUUGGAGGUACAAGGUUCAAGGAUGAUCAGAAACGUCUAGAAUCUCAUCCAUGCCAGAUUAUAGUUGCAACCCCUGGUAGGUUAUUGGAUCAUAUUGAGAACAAAUCUGGGUUCUCAGUUCGCUUGAUGGGUCUGAAAAUGCUUGUACUUGAUGAAGCUGACCACUUAUUAGAUUUAGGAUUUCGCAAAGAUAUAGAGAAGCUUGUUGAUUGCGUACCACGUCAAAGGCAGUCCUUGCUGUUUUCUGCUACUCUUCCAAAAGAGGUUCGCCGCAUUUCACAGCUUGUUUUGAAAAGGGAACAUGUUUUUAUUGAUACAGUGGGUCUCGGUAGUGUGGAAACUCAUGACAAGGUUAAACAGUUGUAUAUUGUUGCACCUCAUGAACUCCAUUUUCAAAUAGUUUACCAGCUUUUGAAGGAGCAUAUCGAACACAUGCUUGAUUACAAGGUUAUUGUUUUCUGCACAACUGCAAUGGUGACAUCACUUAUGUUCCUCCUCCUCCGAGAAUUGAAAAUGAAUGUCAGAGAAAUGCAUUCAAGAAAGCCUCAACUUUAUCGUACUCGAAUAUCUGAUGAGUUUCGUGAAUCCAAGCGAUUGAUUCUUGUUACAUCUGAUGUUUCAGCUCGUGGCAUGAAUUAUCCUGAUGUUACUCUGGUGAUUCAGGUUGGUAUUCCAAUCGACAGAGAACAAUACAUACAUCGUCUUGGUAGGACAGGGCGUGAAGGCAAAGAAGGAGAAGGCACUCUGUUGCUCGCACCAUGGGAACAACAUUUCUUGGAUGAAAUAAAAGAUCUGCCAAUUGAGAAGUCUAAUUUACCACAAGUAGAUUCAGAUAUGAAGCUGAAGGUGGAGGAUUCUAUGGCAAAGAUCGACUCAAGUGCCAAGGAAGCAGCAUAUCAUGCUUGGCUUGGCUAUUAUAAUUCAAUCAGGGAGAUAGGAAGAGAUAAAACCAGGCUAGUAGAACUGGCAAACGAAUUUUGUCACUCCAUUGGGUUGCACAAGCCUCCUGCACUUUUCAGGAAAACUGCAUCCAAGAUGGGUUUGAGGGACAUCCCUGGUAUCAGGAUAAGAAAGUAGAAUUGGUACCUGGAAUUUCCUAGUCAUAAUGUUCGGAGCAGGUCAAGAAACAUGUUGGACUCAGAGAAGCAGAAGUGUUUUCUGGACCAGUGAGAUACUACAGAAACCAUUGGCAGAGUUCUAAUACAAGCACCAACAUUUACAAACCAUCUCUGUUUUUCUUUCUUUUUUUUAUCUUCUCUCAAAUCAUGAGAACUCUGCAAGUCAUGCUUCAUGCUUGUAAUCAUGUCAAAAAAAAAAAAUUCUCUGUAGGUUCAAGCUUUGUAUUCCU